GAGAUAGCAACACGAUGCUUCGCUGGCUUGGAACAACGAAAUAAACCUUCCUUUUUUUUUUUUUUUCAAAAGAUCUUGUAGUUUAGUUUGAUAGUAGGCCUAUAUUUUGGUAGUAUAGUUUCGGAGAGAAAAUGUUUCGAGGUUUUAGUCUGGGUUUCUGCUUGGCAUUACUUUGCUUCGGACCGUUUGUUUGCGGCGCGUGUCCGUCUCAAUGUAACUGCUUCUUUCACAAGUUAUCAGAUGGGUCCAAAGCAAGGAGCGUACUUUGCAAUGACCCACAGAUUUCCCUGGUCCCACCCAACUUUCCUGCAGACACCUCGAAACUGCGGAUCGAGAAAACUGCCAUCACAAAGAUCUCCAGCGAAACCUUUCACUACCUCAACAGUCUGGAAUUUCUCUGGAUGUCUUUCAAUUCUCUGAACUCUUUGAAUGUAGCCAGCUUCCGUGGCCUGAGAAGUCUGGAUGAACUGAGACUGGAAGGGAACGCGCUCACCUCUUUCCCCUGGGAAUCUCUGACUGAUAUGCCCGACCUGAGGCUACUGGACCUGCAUAAUAAUAAGAUAUCGUCGAUCCCGGCCGAGGCGACCAUUUAUAUCAAGAACCUGACCUAUCUGGACUUAUCUAGCAACAGCCUGGCCACCGUACCUCCUGAGGUUCUCUCUAUGUGGUUAUCUGUGAAACCAUCUCAAGAAGAUGGGGACAGUUCCAAAUAUAUUCUAGGUCUCCAUGACAACCCAUGGCUAUGUGACUGCCGGCUCUAUGACCUGGUCCAGUUCCAGAAGUCUCCGUCGUCCUCUGUGGUUCUGAUCGACACCAAGCUACGCUGUGCUGACCCGGAGAGCCUGUCGGGGGCGCUGUUCAGCGAGACGGAGCUCCAGAGGUGCCAGGGGCCCCGUGUCCACACGGCUGUGGCCCGGGUCAGGAGCUCCCUGGGGAACAACGUCCUGCUACGUUGUGGGACAAUCGGAGUCCCAGUACCAGAGCUGUCCUGGACUCGGGCAGACGGCAAACAGAUGAACGGCACUGUUCAGGAAGAAGUUUCAAAGGAGGGAAUCAUUUGGUCCAUCCUGAGUGUGCCUGCCGUCUCUUACAGGGACUCUGGGAAAUACAUGUGCAAAGCGACCAACUUCGUGGGGACUGCAGAUGCCAUCAUCUCCCUGGUUAUCACAGACUCCUUUAAAAAUGAGGAACAAGGUGGCAGCUCCAAGACUAGAAACCAAAGAGGACGGAAAACCGGUGGAUUUGGGAAAGCUGCCUACCAGGAGAAACUUGUUGCCAGAUACAUACCUCCCCUAACCACCACGGCGACCUCGCCCAUCAUCGAGCCACUAGGACCGAGUGGUUUCACAGGGAAGUACGAUAUCGAGAGCUACAGUAUUUCGGACAGCGUGGCCGAUGGACAGACACCCGGUCCCCCUGCCACGGAGCCGGCGUUUAAGGAAAUGGAGAAGGAGGUUCUUAGCAACCUGGCAGCCAAUGCCUCUUCUUUGCAGGCACCGGCGCCACCGGAGAAACGGGUGGUACGAUCGGUGAAGGUCAUCGGGGACACCGAUCACACCGUCUCCCUGAACUGGCGGGCCCCGACGGCCAAGAACACCACAGAGUUCAGCGUCCUGUAUGCCGUUUUCGGCGAGAGGGACAUGCGAAGGAUCAACGUAGGCGUGGGAAAGAACCGUAUCACCAUCGACGGCCUUGUGCCAAGGACAAAGUACAUCGCCUGCGUCUGCAUCAAAGGCCUGAUCCCUAAAAAAGAGCAGUGUGUAAUCUUCUCAACGGACGAGGCAGCCAGCGCAAGCGGCACCCAGAAGCUCAUUAACGUGGUGGUGAUCACGGUGGCCUGUGUGAUCGCUGUCCCCCUGACACUGAUCGUCUGCUGCGGGGCGCUCAAGAAGCGCUGUAAAAAGCUACUGGGGAGGAAAUCCAAAGAUAUUCAAGACUCAUACGUGACAUUCGAGACUCUCUCCCCGGGACAGAAGCCUAAGGGGAUGGAGGGGGAGUACCUUGCCAGGAAACACCCAGACGAGUCCAACAGACUGCUCUCUGCUAGGUCCAGUGUGGACUCUGAGGCUACGUGUAGGAAUGAGGGACCCCCUAAUGAGUACUUUUGUUGAUACCAAAUGGAGGCCUCAACCUUUACAGGGCAGAGAAGUCUGUCCUUUCCAAGCACAACUUAAGUUGGUUGGUUGGUCUCAUCUGGCAAGUGAUGUACUGUAGAUGAGUGAAACUGCUCAGAGACUGGGCAGAAACCAACGGACAGUUGCAUGGACAAGUGUGGUAGAUAUGUGAGUCUAGAUAAAUAGGAUAAAUAAAUGCUGACAUAACUGUGAUUAUACAGCCUUGCAGAAAUACAGGCCAACCUUGACCUGGUGAACUGUAAAAAAACAGAAACAAAUGUUUAAUUUAAAAUGUGGAAAUAAGCAUUAUAUAUUUGUCAUGCACUUUUAUGGGGGUACAUAGUGUAAGCAGUUGCAUUUCUUUGAAAUGGCACUAGGGUUACACAAUUAUGCUAACUUUUGCAAAAUUCCCAGGUUUCCAGAAAUUCUUGGUGGAAUAAGGAACCCAAAUAGGCAAGUUCUACCAGAAUACAUGAAACCCAUCUUUUUAACGUAGAUUUGUAAGGAGGAAGAGUAAUGACAGUUAUUCUGAAAUGAAUCUGACCUCAGAAUUCUGGAAGUUUUUAUUUGACAAAAUAAUGUACACGUAGAGUAUUGGUGAAGCAACUCAUAUCUUUUGUGAUAUUUUGUACCUCUGUGUAUUUACCAUAAAUGUUAAUGUGCCAGGUUUACUGUCCAAUCAAACCUAACAUACUAUAUAUUUUGUAAUAUAUAUCUAUGAUCUGAUCUGAUAUACAGGACCAGUCAAAAGUUUGGACACACCUACUCAUUCAAGGGUUUUUCUUUAUUUUAAAACUUUUUUACAUUGUAGAAUAAU